GGACAAAGUUCGCUCUCUCGCAGCCUGCUUGCCACAACUCCGCAGAUCUCCCAGGUGGCGGCUGCCUCCUCCAGACAGGCUCACCCCCAACCAUGACCGAGCUGAGUGCCCAAGUCAAAGGCUCUCUCAACAUCACCACCCCUGGCGUCCAGAUAUGGCGGAUCGAGGCCAUGCAGAUGGUACCUGUUCCCUCCAACACCUACGGGAGCUUCUUCGAGGGAGACUGCUACGUCAUCCUGGCUACCCACAAGACGAGCAACAACCUGUCCUACGACGUCCACUUCUGGAUCGGCCAGGCCUCGUCCCAGGACGAGCAGGGGGCGGCCGCCAUCUACACCACCCAGAUAGAUGACUUCCUGAAAGGCAAGGCCGUCCAGCACCGUGAGGUCCAGGGCAACGAGAGCGAGACCUUCCGAGGCUACUUCAAGCAGGGCCUGGUCAUCCAGAAGGGGGGCGUGGCUUCUGGCCUGAAGCAGGUGGAGACCAACUCCUAUGAAGUCCGCCGGCUGCUGCACGUCAAGGGGAAGAGGAACGUGGUGGCUGGAGAGGUGGAGAUGUCCUGGACAAGUUUCAACCGAGGGGAUGUUUUCCUCCUGGACCUUGGGAAGCUAAUCAUCCAGUGGAACGGGCCGGAGAGUAACCGCAUGGAGAGACUUCGGGGCAUGACUCUGGCCAAGGAGAUCCGGGACCAGGAGCGGGGCGGGCGCACCUACGUGGGUGUGGUGGAUGGGGAAAACGAGUCGGAGUCCCCGAAGCUGAUGGAGAUCAUGAACCACGUGCUGGGCCAGCGUCGUGAGCUGAAGGCGGCUGUGCCGGACUCGGUGGUGGAGCCGGCACUCAAGGCCGCCCUCAAGUUAUACCACAUGUCUGACUCGGGAGGGAAGAUGGUGGUGAGGGAGAUCGCCACGCGGCCACUCACGCAGGACCUGCUCAGUCAUGAGGACUGUUACAUCCUGGACCAAGGGGGCCUGAAGAUCUUCGUGUGGAGGGGGAAGAAUGCCAACGCCCAGGAGAGGAAGGAGGCCAUGAACCAGGCGCUGAACUUCAUCAAAGCCAAGCAGUACCCGCCGAGCACGCAGGUGGAGGUGCAGAAUGACGGGGCCGAGUCGGCCGUCUUCCAGCAGCUCUUUCAGAAGUGGACGGUGCCCAACCGGACCUCAGGCCUGGGCAAGACCCACACCGUGGGCUCCGUGGCUAAGGUGGAGCAGGUGAAGUUCGACGCCAUGUCCAUGCACGUCCAGCCUCAGGUGGCUGCCCAGCAGAAGAUGGUGGAUGACGGGAGUGGGGACGUGCAGGUGUGGCGCAUUGAGAACGUGGAGCUGGUGCCUGUGGAGUCCAGGUGGCUGGGCCACUUCUUCGGGGGUGACUGCUACCUGCUGCUCUACACCUACCUGAUCGGCGAGAAGAAGCACUACCUGCUCUACAUCUGGCAGGGCAACCAGGCCAGCCAGGAUGAAAUCGCAGCUUCAGCCUACCAAGCUGUGAUCCUGGACCAGAAGUACAACGACGAGCCGGUCCAGAUCCGGGUCACGAUGGGCAAGGAGCCGCCCCACCUCAUGUCCAUCUUCAAGGGACACAUGGUGGUCUACCAGGGGGGCAGCUCCCGAGACAACAGCAACCUGGACCCGGCAACGACCACGCGGCUGUUCCAGGUCCGGGGCACGGGCGUUAACAACACCAAAGCCUUCGAGGUGCAGGCCCGGGCCACGUCCCUCAACUCCAACGAUGUCUUCAUCCUUAAGACCCCGUCCUGCUGCUACCUGUGGUGUGGGAAGGGCUGUAGCGGGGACGAGCGCGAGAUGGCCAAGAUGGUAGCUGACACCAUUGCGCGGACGGAGAAGCAGGUGGUGGUAGAAGGGCAGGAGCCGGCCAACUUCUGGAUGGCUCUGGGCGGGAAGGCCCCCUACGCCAACACCAAGAGACUGCAGGAGGAAAACCUGGUCAUCACGCCCCGGCUCUUCGAAUGCUCCAAUCAGACCGGGCGCUUUCUGGCCACGGAGAUCCCUGACUUCACUCAGGACGACCUGGAAGAGGAAGAUGUGUUCCUGCUGGACGCCUGGGACCAGGUCUUCUUCUGGAUCGGGAAGAACGCCAACGAGGAGGAGAAGAAGGCUGCAGCCGUCACCGCGCAGGAGUACCUCAAGACCCACCCCAGCGGCCGCGACCCCGAGACCCCCAUCAUCGUGGUGAAGCAGGGCCACGAGCCCCCCACCUUCACGGGCUGGUUCCUGGCGUGGGACCCCUUCAAAUGGACUAACACCAAAUCCUAUGAGGACCUGAAGGCGGAGAUUGGCUACUCUGGGGACUGGAACGAGAUCUCUACUGAGGUCACAAACCCCAGCGUGGACAUGUUCAACGCCUACACCAGCCUUAGUUCCGGGCCUCUGCCCGUCUUCCCCCUGGAGCAGCUGGUGAACAAGUCUGUGGAGGACCUCCCUGAUGGGGUGGACCCCAGCCGGAAGGAGGAGCACCUGUCCGUUGAAGAUUUCACCAAGGCCUUGGGGAUGACUCCGGCUGCCUUCUCCGCCCUGCCUCGAUGGAAACAACAGAACCUCAAGAAAGAGAGAGGACUGUUCUGAGAAGCAGAACUGUGGUUGGAAAGCAGUGCCCUACCUUGCUUUGAGGGUUUCCUUGCUUUUAUUACUGGGAUUAGUCCUUUGCCGGUUGAAGUGAAGUUUUAAAUUGUACCUGUGA